AUGGCUCCAAUCACCUUAGGCGAUACGGCUGUCCGUGAUCUCCGCGCCCUACUAGAUAACGCUGUUUCCGACUCUCAAAAUAGCCUUCCGAAUGCGACUAUUGUGCUCCUUGGGGAUGGAAAGCAUACUGCCACGGAACUAUUUGAUUACUCUGCCGCAGGCGACGACAGUGGCAUAGGAGAUAUACACUGGAUGGCGUCAUGCACCAAGCUUAUCACCGCCAUCUCGUGUAUGCAGCUCGUUGAAUCUGGAGCGCUCAGACUAGACGACCCGGAUCAAAUUGAAACUAUCUGUCCAGAAUUCAAAGAUCUCCAAGUUCUCCAAGACGACGGCAUCCUCGUGGACAAGAAAAGCAAGAUUACGUUGAGAAUGCUUCUCACUCAUACCGAUUGGGUUGGUAUUAUCAUUCAAAGAGUCAGCAAUAUGACCCUCAAUGAAUACUUCGACCAGUAUGUGUUCCAACCGCUUGAGAUCAAAGAUGUUACGUUGGUUCCGCCUCAGGAAAUGGUAGACCGACUAGUUGGAAUGUGGCAGCGUGAGAAAGAUGGUCACAUUACGCGCAUUCCCCAACCACUAGCGAGAAUGCUUGAUGCCAAACAACGAAGUGGUGCCUUCCAAAGCGGUGGCGGUGGUAUCUUUGGGAACAUUCGCGAAUAUGGAAGUGGGUCCAUGAGUCCCCCUUCUCCCUAG